CGGCAGCAAUGUGGAGGGAAAGGGCGACCACGUCCAGCUGAACAUUUUACACACUUUUGCAACGGUUUUUAUACCUCUUUUAUAAACUUUGCACGAGAAAAAACGCGACUCGUCGCUUCUUUGGGAGGAAAAACAAUCGAGUGAGAAGUGGAGAAAACUGCAGCCUGACCGUCGCGUGUUUUUUCAGGGUUUUUUCUCCUUUAACUCGAGCCAUUGUUUUCUCACACAUGGAUAUUAAAGGAGAUAACAUCGGACGCGUUGCUUGCUCUUGAGUAACCCCUCUCGCUCGCUUUGGACUGUAGUUUAUGUGGUCCCCGGGCUCUGUAGGAGGAGGAGAGAGAGUCCCAUUCCUCAGCAGCACAACAAGGAGACACACACAGGGGCCACAAGUUGUCCACAAGCUGCGAAGGAGACCAAACUUUGCCAAGUUGCUGCGCAUCCGGCCGCUGACGCCAAAAUAUCCUGCGAUAUUUUCGCAACUUUAACUGUGGAUUAUUAUCGCGAGGCUCGUCAUGGACCAGGGGAGCGCGUUCAGAGGAUGAAAAGGGGCUUUUGAAACAUGAACACUUUCUUGUAGUUAGUUUGCUACUCCUGUGACUCGUUUGGACUACACUGAUCUGUUAAAAAAAUAUUGAUUUUUUUCCGCCUCUCGUCGAUACUAUAUAUUCUGCAAAAAUGCCACAGUUGAACGGAGGUGGUGGGGAUGAUUUGGGGGCCAAUGAUGAGAUGAUAUCGUUUAAAGACGAAGGGGAGCAGGAGGAAAAGAUCUCCGAAAAUGUGUCAGCGGAAAGGGAUCUGGAUGAUGUGAAAUCCUCGUUAGUGAACGAGUCGGAAAACAACAGCAGCUCGUCAGACUCAGAGCAAGCAGAGAGGCGCCCCCAAACCAGACCCGACUCAGAAAGUUAUGAGAAAGCAAGAGACUACUUCAGUGAAGCACUGAGGAGGCAGCAAGAUGGUGGCUUUUUUAAGAGUCCUCACUAUCCUGGCUACCCGUUUCUCAUGAUCCCAGACCUCACCAAUCCAUAUCUAUCCAACGGUUCGCUGUCUCCGAGUGCACGAACAUACCUACAGAUGAAAUGGCCUCUUUUGGACGUCCCUGGAUCUGCAGGACUAAAAGACUCCCGCUCUCCAACACCGGGGCAUUUAUCCAAUAAAGUCCCAGUGGUGCAGCACGCCCACCAUGUCCACCCACUGACACCCCUCAUCACCUACAGCAAUGAACACUUCUCCCCCGGCACGCCACCAUCACACCUCUCCCCAGAGAUCCUUGACCCAAAGACAGGUAUUCCUCGGACACCUCACCCGUCAGAGCUCUCUCCGUAUUACCCCCUGUCUCCUGGUGCUGUUGGCUCCAUUGCACACCCUCUGGGCUGGCUCAUGCCACAGCAGGGCCAGCCCAUGUACUCCAUCCCUCCGGGGGGAUUCCGUCACCCCUAUCCAGCGCUAGCAAUGAAUGCAUCCAUGUCCAGCUUGGUGUCCAGUCGUUUCUCCCCUCACAUGGUGACUCCGCCACCACACAGCCUCCAUCAGACCGGCAUCCCCCACCCGGCCAUCGUCUCCCCAGCUAUCAAACAGGAGCCCAGUGGUGACAUGAGCCCCUCGAUGCAUGCCAGGAAAUCCCCGGUUCCUCCCAAGAAAGAAGAGGACAAGAGGCCUCAUAUCAAGAAACCUCUGAACGCUUUCAUGCUGUAUAUGAAGGAGAUGAGAGCCAAAGUAGUGGCAGAGUGCACUCUGAAAGAGAGCGCUGCCAUCAACCAGAUCCUUGGAAGACGGUGGCAUUCCCUGUCAAGAGAGGAACAAGCCAAAUACUACGAGCUGGCCAGAAAAGAGAGGCAACUCCACUCCCAGCUCUAUCCAGGGUGGUCAGCACGAGAUAACUAUGGAAAGCGAAAAAAGAGGAAGAGGGACAACAAACCAGACUCAAAACCAGAAGACUUCUCAAUAAGAAGCAAGAAGCAGUGCGUGCAGUACCUGCCCUCAGAGAAGAUGUGUGACAGCCCGGCGUCGUCCCAUGGCAGCAUGCUGGACUCGCCGGCCACCCCCUCUGCAGCCUUGGCCUCCCCGGCUGCUCCGGCCGCCACUCACUCUGAGCAGGCCCAGCCGUUAUCGCUCACCACCAAACCGGAGGGACGCAUGCACCACCACUUCUCCCUUGCUGGGAAAGCUUCUGGAUCCACAUCUUCUUCUUCCUCCUCCUCUUCCUCUUCCUCCUCCUCCUCCUCCUCCCACACCCACCUCUCCAUCCCAAUUGGUACUUCAGGUAGCCAGUCGACCACCCCCAUCCUCACCCGACCAAUCCCUUUCACCUCUCUGCACCCCUCCAUGCUCUCCCCCCCUUCCCCUUUCCAUCAGGCAGCCCUUCACUCCCAUCAUGCCCUCUUCCAGUCGCAGCCCCUCUCCCUGGUUACCAAACCAACUGAAUGAAUCCGCAAAGUCAAAUUCUCUCCCAUUUAUUGUGCUGUAUAUUGCUUUUCUUUAAAAUAGUUAUUAGAACAACUUUUUUUCUAAAUAAUGAAAAGGAAGAAAUAUUAUUGGUCAAUAUUUGACUGUCUCCUUUUCUACAUCUCUCAAUGAAAACAAAAUGUAUUUUUUGUAAAGUUUACUGCAGAACUGGUUUCUUUUUUGAUGCAUUUAUCCAAUGAACCUCUUGUAUAAAAGAACCAAUGUACAUAAAGUUUCUCUAUAAAAACAAAAAGGAACAAAAACAUGUUUUCUUUUUAGCCAAAACCUGAUUAAUGUUAGUAUUAAGUUUAAGUCAUAGUACUGGCCAAUAAUUGCAGCCCCCCUCCCACC